GACCACUGGCAGACCGUGUGCGUAAAAUGGACCAUGCAGACGCGAAGGCUUUACUGACACCAGCAGCAGGACCACUGGCAGACCGUGUGCGUAAAAUGGACCAUGCAGACGCGAAGGCUUUACUGACACCAGCAGCAGGUGCGCACAUUGUGCUGCCGCACUGGUACACGCAUAAGACUCCCUUUGGGCUGCUGUUGCCGGAAACGAGCGACGGUCGCGUCCUCUUUCUGUUGCCUUGGGAGGGGCGGACACUUGCGGGUACCACCGAUGCUCCUGCACUGGAGGCGGCCGAUCCGAGGCCCAAGGAGGAGGAUGUCGAUUUCCUUGUAAAAGAACUCUCUUCAUACUUGAAGGUAGACCCCGAUCAAAUGCGGAAGGACAUUCAGUCGGUUUGGUGCGGCCACCGGCCGUUGGUGUCGCAGUCUGAGGAGGCACAGAAUACUGCGGGAGUCGUUCGAUCCCACACCGUCUUAGUUGAUCCAACGUCAGGUCUCAUCAGCUUAAUAGGAGGCAAAUGGACAACUUACAGACGCAUGGCACAGGACACAGUAGACAAGAUCUUGGAAGUGCACGGAGACAAAGUGGCGGCUUCAUCUCCAUGCAGAACAAAAGGAAUGAAGAUUCAAGGGGCAGUGGACCCGAGAGGACGUCUCGCUCCCGAGGAUUGCCGUUUCAGCAGCGGGAAGCUAGAGCACGAGUUAAGCAUGUGCUACCCUUCUUUGUCUUUUGAACAAAGGGCACAUUUAAUUAGUCAUUAUGGGUUUAUCUCGCGUGACGUCGUGGACCUUGCAAAGAAAGAAGCCCUCAUGGAGCCACUCGUGGAGGGGCUCCCGUAUUUGAAGGGGGAAGUUGUGUUUGCAUGCAGGUAUGAGCAGGCUCGUACAGUGAGCGAUAUAAUUGCGAGGCGUCUUCCGCUUUUAUUCCUUGACCAGAAACUUGCAAUAGGCGCUAUAGACACC